AAGUCAUCUUGUGAAAGGCUGCCUGCUUCCAGCUUGGCUUGGAUGUGCAACCUUAAUAAAACUCACUGAGGUCUGGGAGAAAAUAGCAGAUCUGCAGCAGAUAGGGUAGAGGAAAGGGUCUAGAAUAUGUACACGCAGCUGACUCAGGCAGGCUCCACGCUGAACGGUUACACAGAGAGGAAACAAUAAAUCUCAGCUACUAUGCAAUAAAUAUCUCAAGUUUUAACUAAGGAAACUAUCAUUACAGUGAAAUAAAAAAUAACAUUUUAGAACAAAGCUAACAAAUGGCUAGUUUUCUGUGAUUCUUCUUCAAAAGCUUUCUUUGAACGGGAAAACGUCAAAGAGACAAACAGUUUUACCUGAAAUAAAGAAGUAGUUUAAAGGUCAGAAGAAAGGAGCAAGUUUUGCGAGAGGCACGGAAAGAGAGUGCUGGCAGUACAAUGACAGUUUUCCUUUCCUUAGCUUUCCUCGCUGCCAUUCUGACUCACGUAGGGUGCAGCAACCAGCGCCGAAGUCCAGAGAACGGUGGGAGAAGAUAUAGCCGGAUUCAAUAUGGGCAAUGUGCCUACACUUUCAUUCUUCCAGAACACGACGGGAACUGUCGUGAGAGUAGGACAGACCAGUACAACACAAACGCUCUGCAGAGAGAUGCUCCACACGUGGAACCGGAUUUCUCUUCCCAGAAACUUCAACAUCUGGAGCAUGUGCUGGAAAAUUAUACUCAGUGGCUGCAAAAAAUUGAGAAUUACGUUGUGGAAAAUAUGAAGUCGGAAAUGGCUCAGAUACAGCAGAAUGCAGUUCAGAACCACACGGCCACCAUGCUCGAGAUAGGAACCAGCCUCCUCUCUCAGACCGCAGAGCAAACCAGAAAGCUGACAGAUGUUGAAACCCAGAUGCUAAAUCAAACAUCUCGACUUGAAAUACAACUGCUGGAGAAUUCAUUAUCAACAUACAAACUGGAGAAACAACUUCUUCAACAGACAAAUGAAAUCCUAAAGAUUCAUGAGAAAAACAGUUUAUUAGAACAUAAAAUCUUAGAAUUGGAGGGAAAACACAAGGAAGAAUUGGACACCUUAAAGGAAGAGAAAGAGACGCUCCAAGGCUUGGUUACUCGUCAAACGUAUAUCAUCCAGGAGCUAGGGAAGCAGCUGAACAGAGCUACUACCAACAACAGUGCCCUUCAGAAGCAGCAGCUGGAGCUGACGGACACAGUGCACAACCUCGUCAACCUUUUCACUAAAGAAGGUGUUUUACUAAAGGGAGGAAAAAAAGAGGAACCAUUUAGAGACUGUGCAGAUGUAUAUCAAGCUGGUUUUAAUAAAAGUGGAAUCUACACUAUUUAUAUUAAUAAUAUGCCAGAACCCAAAAAGGUAUUUUGCAAUAUGGAUCUUAAUGGGGGAGGUUGGACUGUAAUACAACAUCGUGAAGAUGGAAGUGUGGAUUUCCAAAGAGGCUGGAAAGAAUAUAAAAUGGGUUUUGGAAAUCCCUCUGGUGAAUACUGGCUGGGGAAUGAGUUCAUUUUUGCCAUGACCAGUCAGAGGCAGUACACACUCAGAAUCCAGUUAGUGGACUGGGAGGGAAACCAGGCCUAUUCGCAGUACGACAGAUUCCACAUAGGAAACGAAAAGCAGAACUAUAGGUUGUAUUUAAAGGGUCACACUGGGACAGCAGGACAACAGAGCAGCUUGGUCAUACAUGGCGCUGAUUUCAGCACUAAAGAUGCGGAUAAUGACAACUGUCUGUGCAAGUGUGCCCUCAUGCUAACAGGAGGCUGGUGGUUCGAUGCUUGCGGUCCAUCCAAUCUGAACGGAAUGUUCUAUACGGCGGGACAAAACCUGGGGAAGCUGAAUGGGAUAAAGUGGCAUUACUUCAAAGGGCCCAGCUACUCCUUACAUUCCGCAACCAUGAUGAUUCGGCCUUUGGAUUUUUGAAGGCACAGUGUCAGGAGCAGUUAUAACAACAACAGAGCAAUCUGGAGAAGCUACCAGAUGAGAAACUGCUUGAAAACUUCUGGAGCUAAACAAUGUGUACCCCUUCCAGCAGCGGGUGGCAGUUAUGUGAAAUCGCCGAGGUAUUGACUGGGGAUUUGGAGCCUUUCGAGUUCGCAGAAGCUCUACUUGGGGUGACCGUGUUCCUAUGGUUGAUGAUGGAGGAUGCCACUCACUGUCAUGCUUUAAAAAGGGAAGAAACUGCUCAGCUCACUGUGCUUCAAACUACUACUGGAUCUUAUUUUGAAACUGCGGUAGCCAGGUGAUAAAUAUAGUUUAUGUCAUGUAAAACCGAAGAAGAAGAAAGUGAACAACAACAAAAAAGAAUGUACAUGAAGAAGAGAAACCAGCCUGCCAUAAUCCUUUGGAAAAGAUGUAUCACACCUGUGACAUGGUGUUAUUUCUAUGCAAACCUACUAACAAUCAGUUUAUACUGUUGCACAAUUUUAGUAAAAGUUCAGGAAGAGCAGCAUUGUUCUCUGAGUUAGUUACAUGUUAAUGGAUUUCAGAAGCCUAAUUCCUAAAUCAUACUUACCACUUGAUUUCACUUAACCCAUCUUCAAAUGUAAAUUCCAUUUUGUUGAAUCAUAAUGAACUGUAGUGCGUGAAGAAUAACAGUGUGAUGUCGGAACAUGCUUCAUUACUCUUUGAUUUUGUGAUACAGUUCUCAGAAAAAAUGGACAUAUUCAAGUAUGGACCUAUAAGGUAAAAAAUUAUUCCCCCAUGCUACAGUUUUCAUUUACUUUAAAAACUGAAUGACUGAUAUAUAAAUAUAUUUAUAGCCUGAGUAAAGU